AUGGCAACAUCCUUUGAUUCCUUGUUCGAAAUUGGAGCUGUCGACAUUGAUGGCUAGGUUAUUAACAAGCUCGGUGAUCUCCUCUACGGUAAAAAAUGUAUCCUUGUCACUAACACAGCAAGUUUGUCACCUCAUGCAAAUAUGAAUUUUAGAUCACUAUAGGAACUCUAUGAAAAAUAUGAGUCGAAGGGCCUUGAAAUUCUAGCAUUUCCAUGCAACUAAUUUCACAAGCAAGAACCUUUGAAUGAUAAUGAAAUCAAAGUAAAUGCCUAGGAGAAAUAUGAUGUAACCUUCCCAAUGUUCUCUAAGGCUAAGGUCAAUGGUGUUGAAGAAAGCGAAGUAUUCAAGUUUUUGAAAUCAAAAUCGUCUUGGCUAGUUGAGCAUAUUCACAACAAAGACAAUGAUUAGGCACACUUUAAAAUCAAAGAUAUUCCAGGAAAUUUCACUAAAUUCUUAGUUGAUAGGAAUGGGCGAGUUACUGACUGUCUUAUUGGAGAAGGAGAAGACCCAAUUAAGUUAGAGCAAAGAAUCAGAAAAUUGCUAGACAUUAGUGGAAUGGUAUGA